AUGUUGAUACGAUGCAUUGUGGCAGCUCUUCUUGUGAGAUUCACGACAUCGAAUUGUGAAAGUGACGUACUUUCCGAUUGCACACGGUGUUGUUCCGUGCUGUUCUCCACUUCCGACUGCAAUCUGAAGCAAGCACUUCGAUUGAAAAUUGAUGGCAACGGCGUGCUCGGUGCUAUAUGGGACAAUGCGCCCGUGGUUGCCGUGGUUAGGGCGGGCUGUUUGCUCGAAUUGUGGGACUUCAAUAAUCAAACAGGAAGUCAUCGUGCAUUUGGCUUGGAUGGAUACGAAGUGUACCACUUCGACAGAUACGGCUACGAAGGGAUAGCAUCAAGUGCAAGAUGUACAUGUAUAGCUCCAUAA